UGUAAAUACAGUGCGCUGUUUAUAAAUCUAAACCAUUGUCUUUAUUUUUAGGUUGUUUUAUGUCUGACAACACGACAAAGGUUAGCAGCGCUUGAAGGAGCUUUAUGAUUGGUCUGAAUAACUAUCGCUUUGCCAUGUGAGCCGUUCAGCCUAAUUGGUGCAGGUUUCUUGUUGGCUUGGAGACAGGCUAAGCUGCGCUUGGAACACGGAUGCAUUGUGGGUUACAGAGACAUAAAUAAUGGAAAUGAAUAUUAGUAAAAUACUACAAGUGGCCGAGUCCUUAGAAGACAUUGUGUGUCGCUGUUUUGGUCCUUGUGGAGGGCAAGUCCUUGUCAUCAAAUCUACAGGUGACCUUCUCAUUACAAAAGAUGGGAAAACAAUACUGGAGUCUCUUUUACUGGAUCACCCUGUUGCAAGAAUUAUUGUGAGCUCUGCCUCUCAGCACUACAGUAUCGCUGGUGAUGGUGUGAAAUCCUUUAUUAUUCUGCUAUGUGGCGUCCUCCGUGAACUUAAGGUCAUAGCUGAUAAAAAUGAAGGUCUACGGUUUUUGCGAAGUAGCCAUGGAAAAAACAAACAUCAAACACAAGGUCCUUUAUUAAAACGAAUGAGCAAUAUGUUAAUGACCUUCCAAACUGGAGUUCUGGAACCCAUCAUUGUAAAAUAUUUGUCUCCACAUUUUCAUUCUGUGUUCUCAACAUUAGGAAAGGAGACAAUAUUGAGCAAAGACUCAUUGCAGUUAAUCUUGGAUGCUUAUUUCUGUGGAAAAAUAGGGUAUGCCAAUCAUAUGUUUAUAAGUAGUCUUGCUUCUGAGUUUCUCUACAAAUGUCUACUGAGCGAUUUUAACAUUAUUGAUGUGGUCAAGCUAGUGAGCAACUGUUUUCCAGAGCUGCACACAGAGGUUACUGGACUCCCAGUAGAGAAUUCUAGAGUAUUACCUGGAUUGCUGCUGCAUAGGCACUUUUCAGUGUACUGUCCAGCAGAGGGAGAACUGAGAGCACUGAUUGUGACAGAACAGAUCCAUCAGAGUCUCUCCACAUCUGACAUAGAUUUUCUUGUCAGUUCAGAGGCACAGUUACUAUUUUCCGAGCAAUAUCUACGAGAAAGGACUGAAAAUAUUAUGAAACAUUUCCGUAACAAUCAAGUCAAACUGAUUUUAUCAAGCGUUAAACAACCAGAAAUUGUACUGUACUUUGCAAAAGAAUUUGGAAUAUCCAUAGUUGACUGUUUACCAUCUGAAGAGAUUGAUCUUGUAUACAAAUUUACAGGUGUAGCUCCGCUGUCUGUGCCAAUAAGGGAAACAUUUCUUGGCCAUAUUACAGAUACAUUCAUAGUUUUAGGCUGCCGGCCAAUUUUACUGGGAUCAAGAAAGUAUGUUCACCUUAGUUUAAAUGUCUUUUCUAACUUAAAGCCUCACUGUGUUGUCUUAUGUGGGCCUGUGAAGGGAUUUACUGAACAGCUUGUUUCAUCUUUCUCUGGUGCCUUUAUUAUGCUCCGGCAUUUGUUUCAGCAGUGGAAUGCCAAUGUGGAAUAUACAACAGCAAGACAAAGAUGCAAACUUAGUGAAACUAUAUCGCUGCCAGAACAGAGUUUGUUCUGUGACAUUUACAGGAAUGACUCUGCUUAUUAUAAAUGUGAAUUGCAAACAGUUUAUCCCAGCACCAACAUAAACUCUACAAACAAAGAAGUAAAAACCUCAUUAGAACACAUUCCUGAAGGCUGUACUCAUAAUUUAAAUAAACAGCCUCAGAAAAACAUUGUUGAACAAGUAUGUUUAAACCAAGAAGAUGAAAGUCUCCAACACAUUUGUGGAUUUUUAGAGAACGAAAGUUCAAACGUGGAGACUAUUUCUGAGAGCUCAUGUACUAAGGUAUCCAGUGUAACCACGUGCAAGCUCAGUAGUCUAUGUGAUAUCACUGAACAGCUACAUUCAGCAACAAGUGUGAAGAGUGGAGUGCUGGUGCCAGGGGGAGGAACCUUUGAAAUGUUGUUACACUAUUAUCUCCACCACUUUGGACAAAAAUGUGAUGAUACAGAGCUUGCACUGCUUUGUCGGUUAGUUGGUAAUGCUUUAUUAUCUAUUCCUAAACACAUUUGCAGAAGAAAGAAAAGAAAUGCGAGUUUUGCUCGGUUUUAUGCACAAUUCGUUAAUACUCUGCAAGGUGAAGGAGACCCAGAGACCAUUGAAACAGACUUUGAGUCUCUGUCUUGUAAAUAUCAGCUAGUGGCUUCAGUCUUUCAUUGUAUCAGCAAGCUUGUGGCCAUUGAUUUCAUUCUUGCCACCAAGAAAGUGUCUCCUAAGGCUAAAUGUGAGUCUGAUGAGGAUCUGUGA